AUGGGGUAUACCAGUGACGAAGAAGUAUUGAGGAGCAAGAUGAUAUACCCAAUCAUAUACUACGGUUGGUCAAAUGCUAGGAUUCUAUAUCUGUGGCGCUGUGCGGGCUACACGCGCUGGGCGGCGGCCCGCCCCCGCUGGAACAGCUCUGAUCUUGAAGUUUUUAACCCAAAUCGAGGAGGAAGUCCCCCGCGCGGCAAUAUUGACCCACAAUCAGCUAAGCCAAAAAAGCCAUGUCUCGCAGCUUUUGAUAGAUGGGAUUCAACUGGGUGGCCUAUGAGGCAGCAUAAGGUUUCGGGCUGCCGGAGCAUCAGAACAAGCUAUCUCGUAUGGCGACGCGCCAAACUUUGGCUGCCGCGUAUGUCGGUUAGCUACCGCUACACAGCAAGGGCUGCGACUGAAACCAACAGCGCCAAGGCGGGCUCAUAUGCAGUCCAGACCGACCAUCUCCUCAACAAGACGUUUUACCUCACAGUUUUCAAUAUACGAGGUUACCCUGAACCCGCGUCUUCUAACAAGAUGGAAACUCUGCAGCCGAUAUUCAAGACACAGUUUCUUCCUGUGUCACCCGAUGAGCUCAUCAUGAUGCUUUCAGCGGGCUCAAAAGCUGUUACGACUGCCUACCAAAGUUUCCGUUCAGUUUUCCGAGAACGAUCGAUGAUGGAGAUAGGACUCACUGAUACCUUUAUAAUGCACGCCCAGGUGCUGUUCAGCUCAGAAGGGAAAGACGCAUUCUUUGAAUGGAGCAACAAUGAGAACGUAACUGGUUGUGAUUUUGCGGUCACUGUCAAUAGCCACCAGACGAAUGGGUACGGUAUUUUAUUCCAAGCAAAAGUCGCAAAAGCCGCAGAGGGCGGCACUUACGCCGACUUUUUCUAUGAUUAUGGGCUAUAGAAUAGUAUAAAGCAUAGCACAAAGCUAAACACAAUUCCAGAAGCGCGAAAACCAUCGGCAGGGUAAAGGUUCAGGAAUAUCAGAACAUCCUUCUUGCUAAUUAUGCCAAGAAAAACAAAUGUGAGGCAUAGUAAGUGCUUGAUCUUCAUCUCAACUCUUAUGGAUAGCUAAUUGAGGGUAAACAGCUACGUCAUAUAUGACGUGAAAGAGGUCCGGUGGGUCAACGUUUUUGCGUUGGCAAAAUGGUUUGACGGAAAUGAUAAGGGGAAAAUGACAAACGUCGAGUACCUAAUCAAGACGUUCAACGCUCUAGCAAAAACGUCAUUCACUGAGGCUCGGGCAAUGCAAUAGAGACUGAGGAGACGAAGUAAGGAAGCGGG